AUGGCCAUCGCACGCCCCUUUUUAGGCCUGACAGCCAUUGUCCUCCUCGCCGGAGGCAUUGUCCUGCAGUUCCUGGUCAUCCUCUCUGGCUUGUCAUCGACGCCUUUGAAUCAAAUUUAUUUCCUUCAGGCUGAUACCGGCGAUAUCACCAACGCCAACACACAACUCCGAAACCCAGCGCGAUGGACAUAUCUCAACAUCUGCGGCGUCACCGACGGCCGCAACACCGACUGCACCUCGACGCGCCCAGCACUCCCCUUCGACCCAGUGAGGAACUUUGGCACCGAGACCGGUGUCCCUGAGGCCUUCGUCAACAACCGAGACUACUACUUCUACAUCAGCCGAUUCUCCUGGGUCUUCUUCCUGAUCGCCCUGUUCUUCGCCGUCAUCACCUUCCUUCUGAGCGUCUUCUCGCUCUUCUCCCGCCUCGGUGCCUAUCUCAGCGGCUUCACCGUCUUCCUCGCCGUCGGCAUGCAAGCCAUCGCCGCAGCUCUCAUGACCGCCUGGGUCAUCAAAGGCCGCAACCACUUCCGCACCGCCGGCAUGGAAGCCCACGUCGGCGUCAAAGCCAUGGCCUUCUCCUGGACCUCCUUCGCCGUCUUCUUCCUCGCCUCCGUCUUCUUCUGCAUCGGCGGUAGCGUCGGCAAGAACAAAGACUCCACCAAGAAAUCUUACUUCGGCCGCAAGGGCUCCAAGCGCAGCACCCGCGAGCGCGGCAGCUUCAUCGACUCCAGCAGUGACAGGAGAGUCAAGGACGAGUACGUCACGCGCUACCCUGACUCUCCUUAG